AUGGCCAAAUAUUUGUUGCGAAAUGCAUUGAAUACCAAAUUCAUUUCCAGCCGAAAGAGACCUCAUACAUCCAACGCUUCGAGCAUCAACAUAUUAGUUGCAUUGCCGGCUGCAAUCAGUGAUAAUACUCAACAACCAUCGCUCAACUUCAAAAAUG